AUGGCAGAUUGUGAAUUAAACCUUAUAUACUCAAUUUUUUCAAAAUGUGAAAGUGACAUAAAAGCUAUCGCAUCUAUCAUAAAUAUCUUAUCAAAAAAUAAAUAUGAAGUCGAAAAGUUUGAGAUCGAAAUUAGAGAAAUUAAAGAAAAAUUACAUGAUGUUGAGAAGAAGAUAGUAGAAAGUAAAAGUUCAUCAUCAAACCAUCCAGAGCUGGUUUCCGAAAAGUAUAUCCUGGAAGAAUGCCACGAGUUGUUACAGUCUUUAAAAGGAUCUAUCAUUAAUUUUAGAGAAAUAAAAAUGAAUAGAAAUGAUCUUUCACAGACCGACAAAAAUUUGAAGAUGAACAAUUUUGAACCUAAUUCUGUAAGUGAUCUUUUAAACGAUAAACUUUCUGAACUAAAAAUUGAUUCUGAGGUUGAACUUAGCCAAAAUAAUACUGAUCAUUUUGUGGGUAACUUUGGUUCAGAAAAACUUAAAAAUGAGAAUCUUCACUACAGAGAUGGGACUCUUAAAUCGGGUAACAAUGUGGAAAAAAUCAUUGAUACUGUAAAUGAAUUUAAUCAUUCAAUAGGAUUUCGUCUGGACAUAUUUCAACAUCUAAACACAGAUAUUCUGGACAAUUCGUUUAUUAACAAACCGGAGAUACAAGAUUCAAUUGGCAAACAUAUUCAAUAUACCCCUAGGAUGGUUUGGCAUAAUCCAAGACCUGAUUUUCCUUCUUCACCACUUAAUAAGUUGACAAAUCCAUCAUUCUUUGAUAAACUAGCUUUGGAUACUCUACUUUUCAUUUUUUACUUUCAACAAGGAACAUUCCAACAGUUCUUGUCUAUACAAGAGCUUAAAAAAAAAAAAUGGCAAUUCCAUAAGAAAUGUUUUGCUUGGUUUUAUAAAAGAUCUGAUUCAAAGGUGACCACAGAAGAUGCUGAAAUCGCAGAUUAUAUAUACUUCGAUUUUGAGAAAGAUUGGUGUCAAAAAAUCAAAAAUGAUUUUACAUUUGAGUAUAUUCACUUAGAUAAUACACCUUUAGUUAUUAACAAGAAAAGCGAAUCUAACAUCUGCUACAAAAGCAGGCCUUGCAGCGAUAAAGAUCAAAUUGCCUUUAAUUCGGAUGUUUCUGAAAACUUGAUUAAUACAGAUAGUGUAAUUAGUGAUAACAAUGUGAUUAACGAUCCUUCCAAUAAAUAA